GGGGAUUUUGAAAAGCUCCGAAGACUCAGAGCUGCAGCGGAGUUUCAGAAACCCUGGUUCACACCGCUUUGUCCUCCUCCUCAGGGUCCAGCGCGGCGCCUGGUGGAAAGUGAUGCUCAGAAUGGAUACACAACGUCCUGUUUCUCAGGAAGGAGGGAAGCGUGGUCUCAGAACCGCAAACCUCCUGGUGUCCUGGGGCGAAGACCAUGAGGAGGCCAGUCCUGCCAAGCCAGUGGGUGAGGGCGACGCCGCCCGCGUCCAGCUCUCCCCCUCCCUAGUGCGCAGGGGUUCAGCUGUUGCAAAAAUAAUUGGUGAUAAUGUCAAGAAACUUCAGAAGUUUGCCUCCACAGUCAAGAUGUGGGUCUUUGAAGAAACGGUUAAUGGGAGAAAACUGACAGACAUCAUAAAUAAUGACCAUGAAAAUGUAAAAUAUCUCCCUGGACACAAGCUGCCAGAAAACGUGGUUGCUGUUGCGAACCUCAGCGAGGCUGUGCAGGACGCAGACCUGCUUGUGUUUGUCAUCCCCCACCAGUUCAUCCACCGGAUCUGCGAAGAGAUCACAGGGAGGGUGCCCAAGGACGCGCUGGGCAUCACCCUCAUCAAGGGCAUAGACGAGGGUCCUGAGGGGCUGAAGCUCAUUUCUGACAUCAUCCGAGAGAAGAUGGGCAUUGACAUCAGCGUGUUGAUGGGAGCCAACAUUGCCAAUGAGGUGGCCGCUGGGAAGUUCUGCGAGACCACCAUCGGCAGCAAGGUAAUAGAGAACGGCCUUCUCUUCAAAGAACUUCUGCAGACUCCAAAUUUUCGAAUUACAGUGGUGGAUGACGCAGACACGGUUGAACUGUGCGGUGCUCUGAAGAACAUCGUGGCUGUGGGAGCUGGGUUCUGCGACGGCCUCCGCUGUGGCGACAACACCAAAGCCGCUGUCAUCCGCCUGGGGCUCAUGGAAAUGAUCGCCUUUGCCAGGAUCUUCUGCAAGGGCCAGGUGUCCACGGCCACCUUCCUGGAGAGCUGCGGCGUGGCUGAUCUGAUCACCACCUGCUAUGGGGGCCGGAACCGCAGGGUGGCCGAGGCCUUUGCCAGGACCGGAAAGACCAUCGAAGAAUUGGAGAAGGAGAUGCUGAAUGGGCAGAAGCUGCAAGGACCUCAGACUUCGGCCGAGGUGUACCGCAUACUCAAACAGAAGGGGCUGCUCGACAAGUGGCGAAGUGUUUAAGAAUCUGCCUGCCAAUGCAGGAGUCACGGGUCCGAGCCCUGGUCCAGGAAGAUCCCACAUGCUGCGGAGCAACUAAGCCCAUGCGCCACAACUACUGAGCCUGCGCUCUAGAGCCUGCAAGCCACAACUACUGAAGCCCACAUGCCUAGAGCCCGGGCUCCGCAACAAGAGAAGCCACGGCAAUGAGAAGCCUACACACUGCAACCAAGAGUAGCCCCUGCUCACCACAACUAGGGAAAGCUCGCACGCAGCAACAAAGACCCAGUGGAGCCAAAAAUAAAAAAUAAAUUUUUAAAAAUAAUAAAAAAUAAAAACCUUGUCUAGCUGAAGCCAAAAGGAGUGACUCUUCACCUCCACUUCAAAAACUAAAGAAUGAAACAUCUCUGAAUUUUACACAUUGAGUGAAAUUGAGCCAUUGGAAAGGUACCUUCAUCAUUGAACUUGUAAUUUGUCAAGUUGGUGUUAUUCAACUUGUUGCAAAUGGAAAUACAGUGCUUUUAUGCUUUGAUAGA